AUGAUGUCAAGAAAAGCUCAAAGAAAUCCAAAAUUAUAUAUAGCAGCAGUAAUAGCAACAUCAACAAUUGCAAUAAGUUAUAAAAUUUAUGAUACAUUUAUAAAAUCAAAAACAGAAGAAGAACAAGAUAAAGAAAUAGAUACAAUACGAGAUCAAAAUAAUACUUCCCUACUUCCUAAAAUUUCGAAUUUUAAUAUACUGAAAAAAUAUAUAAAUAAACAAAUUGCAAUUACAUUAUCGUCAUCAUUUUUAUCAUCAACAUUACCAUUACAAGAUAUUAUAAAAACUCAAGAAAAUAUGAUAUUUAUAAUCCCACCAAAUCUAAACGAAGAAGAUUUAGAUUUAAAUGAACAAAAUAGUGAAAAUCAAUUGACUCAAACAAACAGUAAAAUUGAUAUAAAUAAUAAUUUCAAGAUAUUAAAAUGUUCAAAUUUUCAAGGUUAUUUACAAAUUUUAAAAAAUUUAAAACCUGAUUUAUUAUUAUUAUGUAGUGAUGAUUUAGGUAUAAAUUUUAAUAAUUUAAGUUAUGAUUUAAAUAAUUUUAUAACAAAAAUUAUAAAUAUUGAUCAAAAUAAAGAUUUAAUUUUACAAAUUAAACCAAUAAUUUUUAAUUAA